AUGGUGGCCACCAACUCGCCGUCCCCCGCCGUCAACGGCAGCUCGCCCGCCGUGUCGACGAGCAACAAGUCGCGAGGCCAGCUCAAGCGCCUCAAGAAGAAGGCCCAGGGCAAGGGCAACGCGGCCGCAGAGCAGCAGCAACCUGUCGACGACCGCCCUCGCGAGCGAGCACCCACAGUCGAGCCGAGCGCGCCCGAGGACGACGUCAAGGUCAAGCUCGAGGACGGCACGGGCGCGAUCCCGGCCGCCUUCGCCGACGUCUUUGCGCACUUCCAGCUGCCGGGACAAGCUGCUGCGAACGGCGCUGCCGACGGCGCCGACGACAAGGGCCAGGUCAUCUACUCGGACGACGAGCUGCCGUCCGAGGAGGAGGAAGAGGACGCGGCCGAGAUGUCGAAGCGCAAGCAGCGCAAGCUGAACCGGCUCAGCGUCGCCGAGCUCAAGCGCCUCGUCAAGAAGCCCGAGGUCGUCGACUGGGUCGACGUGUCGGCUAACGACCCGCGCCUGCUCGUCGAGAUCAAGAGCCACCGCAACACGGUCCCGAUCCCGCAGCACUGGCAACAGAAGAGCGCCUACCUCAACGGCAAGCGCGGCAUCGAGAAGCCGCCCUAUCAGCUCCCGAGCUUCAUCGCCGACACGGGCAUCGCGACGCAGCGCGACGCCGUCAAGGAGAAGGAGGACCAGCAGUCGCUCAAGCAGAAGACGCGCGAGCGCGUCCAGCCCAAGAUGGGCAAGAUCGACAUCGACUACCAGAAGCUCCACGACGCCUUCUUCCGGUACCAGACCAAGCCCAAGAUGACCGAGUUUGGCGAGGUCUACUACGAGGGCAAGGAGUACGAGACCAAGCUCAAGGAGAAGCGGCCUGGCGACCUGUCGGACGAGCUCAAGGAGGCCCUGUCGAUCCCGCCACUCGCGCCGCCGCCGUGGCUCAUCAGCAUGCAGCGCUACGGCCCGCCGCCGAGCUACCCGAACCUGCGCAUCGCCGGCCUCAACGCGCCCAUUCCUGAAGGCGCCGCAUGGGGCUUCCACCCUGGUGGCUGGGGCAAGCCGCCCUUGGACGAGUUUGGCCGGCCGCUGUACGGCGACAUUUACGGCGUCGCUGCCGAGGGCGAGGGCGCGCAGGCGGGCGAGCCGAUCGUCAAGGAGCCGUGGGGCGAGCUGGAGCCGGAAGAGGAGGUGUCGGAGGACGAGUCGGACGACGAGGACGAGGACGACGACGGCGAGGCGGCGCCCGCCGACGGCCUGCAGACGCCCUCGGGCCUCGAGACGCCGUCCGGCCUCGCGUCCGUCACGUCGACCGUGCCCGGCGGGCUCGAGACGCCCGACUUCCUCGAGCUGCGGAAACGCCGCGAGGAGACCGAGUCGGACGCCGGCGGGCCCAAGGAGCUGUACCAGGUCUUGCCCGAGCGCGAGAGCCGCAUGCGCGGCUUCAUGGGCUCGGACCGCGUGUACGACGUGUCGGCGCUCGGCGGCGGCGGCGGGGCAGGAGGUGCAGCCGGUGCGGGUGCGGCGCCGGCGCCGCCGGUGCUCGGGCAGGAGGACCGCGGCACCAAGCGCAAGGCGGCCGGCGGGGUCGAGGUGGCGCUCGACGCGGCCGACCUCGAGGGCCUGAGCGAGGCCGACCUGCGCGCGCGGUACGACCAGGCGAACCGGGCCGGCCGGGGCGCGGGCGGCACGCACGAGGACUUUAGCGACUUUGCGGCGGCAGAGGUGGCCAAGCGGCGCAAGAUGGCCGAGGGCAAGAAGCAGCAGCGCGAGGGCGGCGGCGGGUCCAAGGAGAAGUUCCGGUUCUGAGGGCGGCGUUGCAAUGAUCGUGCAGUGCUCGUGU